AUGCCUGAAGAUUCAACCAAGCUGAGCAUAUCCGCCUAUGGAGCUGCUCGCUCCACGGUCAAGGGACAGCCCCUUGAACCCGGGGACAUCCGCAAGAUGGACGCAUAUUUCCGUGCCAGCAUGUAUCUCUGUCUUGGGAUGCUGUACCUCCGUGACAACGUCCUCCUGAAGGAGCCUCUGAGGGUGGAACACCUCAAGGCACGCUUACUCGGUCACUGGGGAUCGGAUGCCGGCCAGUCCUUUACCUGGAUUCAUAUGAAUCGCCUGAUCAGAAAAUACAGCCUGGAUGUCCUCUUCAUCUCCGGUCCCGGUCACGGCGCCCCCGGCAUUCUCUCUCAGUCGUACCUGGAGGGUGUCUACUCUGAGGUGUACCCGGACAAGUCCGAGGAUGAAAGAGGCAUGCAAAGGUUCUUCAAGCAAUUUUCAUUCCCGGGUGGCAUCGGCAGCCACGCGACUCCUGAAACCCCAGGCAGUCUCCACGAGGGUGGUGAGCUGGGAUAUUCCAUCUCCCAUGCCUUUGGAACUGUAUUCGACCAUCCCAACCUCAUCACACUCACCAUGGUGGGUGACGGGGAAGCCGAGACGGGACCUCUUGCCACGAGCUGGCACAGCACCAAGUAUCUCAACCCAUGUACCGACGGGGCUGUCCUUCCUGUGCUGCAUCUCAACGGAUACAAGAUCAACAACCCGACCCUUCUCGCGCGUAUCAGCCACGAGGAGCUUUCAUCCCUGAUGUAUGGCUACGGAUGGACACCCUAUUUCGUCGAAGGCAGUGAUCGGGACAGCAUGAACCAGGCCAUGGCAGCGACGCUCGAGCACUGUGUCCUGGAAAUUCGGAGAAUUCAAAAGCAAGCCCGCGACUCCGGCAAACCGUUUCGACCACGCUGGCCAAUGAUCAUCCUCCGCAGCCCCAAGGGCUGGACCGCGCCGCGAGAAGUGGACGGAAAGUUGCUCGAGGGCUUCUGGCGCGCCCACCAGAUCCCAAUCACCGACGUGCUCACCAACCCGACGCACCUGAAGCUCCUCGAGACUUGGAUGAAAAGCUACAAGCCGGAAGAAGUGUUUGGAAAGGACGGCAGGCUGAUCCCCGAGCUGAAGGAACUUGCACCAAAGGGCAACUUCCGCAUGAGUGCCAAUCCUGUCGGCAACGGGGGCCUCCUCCGUAGACCGCUGGACCUACCGGACUUCCGAAACUAUGCGCUCACGAACAUUGACCCAGGCGUCUCUAUCCGGGGCAGCAUGGUCAACAUGUCCAAGUUUCUGCGCGACGUAAUCGCCAACAACCAGACCAACUUCCGUGUCUUUGGCCCGGAUGAAACCGAAUCCAACAAGCUUUCUGAGAUUUACAAAGCAGGCAAGAAGGUAUGGCUCGCCGAUUACUUCGAAGAGGACAGCGAUGGGGGGAACCUCGCCAUGCAGGGCCGCGUCAUGGAAAUUCUCAGCGAACAUACCUGCGAAGGCUGGCUAGAAGGAUACGUCCUGUCCGGCCGCCACGGUCUGCUCAACAGCUACGAGCCCUUCAUCCAUAUUAUCGACUCGAUGGUGAACCAGCACUGCAAAUGGAUCGAAAAGUGUCUGGAAGUCGAGUGGCGGGCCAAAGUCGCCUCCCUCAACAUCCUUCUCACCGCCACAGUCUGGCGACAGGAUCAUAACGGCUUCACUCACCAGGACCCGGGGUUCCUGGAUGUGGUUGCAAAUAAAAGUCCCGAGGUUGUCCGCAUCUAUCUCCCGCCAGACGGCAACACGCUUCUCUCCGUCAUGGAUCACUGCUUCCGGAGCGCGAACUACGUCAACGUCAUCGUCGCCGACAAGCAGGACCACGUCCAGUUCAUGGAUAUGGAUGAUGCCAUAGCGCAUUGCUCCAAGGGUCUGGGGAUCUGGGAUUGGGCGAGCAAUGACCAGGGUUACGAACCGGACGUUGUCAUGGCGGCCUGCGGCGAUGUUCCCACCCACGAAGCCCUUGCCGCGACCGCUUUGUUGCGCGAACACCUUCCGCAGUUGAAAGUCCGAUUUGUAAACGUGGUGGACUUGUUCAAACUCAUUUCCGAGAUCCACCACCCCCACGGCAUGUCCGAUCGACAGUGGUCAUCCAUCUUCACGGACAGUAAACCGAUUAUAUUCAAUUUCCACUCCUAUCCCUGGCUUAUCCAUCGCCUGACUUACAAGCGACCGGGCCAGGAGAAUCUUCAUGUCCGGGGCUACAAGGAGAAAGGAAAUAUCGACACGCCGUUUGAACUCGCUGUUCGCAACCAGACAGACCGGUAUAGUCUUGCUAUUGAUGCGAUUGACCAUGCCAAAUCACUAGGGAACACGGCGUCGGGGGUGCGAGAGAAGUUCCUCAACAUGCAGCUCCUGGCCAAGCAGAAGGCGUAUGAUGAUGGGAUUGAUCCGGAUUAUAUUCGGAACUGGACCUGGGGAUAUCCGAGGAAGGGAUAA